GUGAAAGUUCACCAGCAUGGCUCUCACGUAUCAGCUCGCAGUUUGGGAAAGUUGGACACCACAGGCGGUUUAAAAUCCAAACCACAGACAGGGCGACAGGAGAAGAAACCAGCAUGACGACCGAGAGAGUCUCGGCUCUGAGCGGCGGCGACGCGCCGGAGGACUCGGCUCUGGGAUAUUACGACGACGAAGACGACCUGGACGCGUUUUCAGACGGAGAGCUGGGCUGUGAGGACGGAGUGCUGGGCUUCAGUGAUUCACUGAGUGGAGAGGUCAAACCUCGUAUACUGUUGAUGGGCCUACGGAGGAGUGGAAAGUCCUCCAUCCAGAAGGUGGUUUUUCACAAGAUGUCCCCCAAUGAGACCCUGUUCCUGGAGAGCACCAACAAGAUCUGCAGGGAGGACGUCUCCAGCAGCUCUUUCGUCAGCUUCCAGAUCUGGGACUUCCCCGGACAGAUCGACUUCUUCGAUCCCACCUUCGACUACGAGAUGAUCUUCAGAGGAACCGGAGCGCUGAUCUUUGUCAUCGACUCACAGGAUGACUACGUGGAGGCUCUGAGCAGGCUGCACCUCACUGUGACCAGGGCCUACAAAGUCAACCCAGACAUCAACUUCGAGGUGUUCAUUCACAAAGUGGACGGCCUGUCGGACGACCACAAGAUCGAGAAGCAGAGGGACAUUCAAAAACGAGCCAGCGACGACCUCGCAGACGCAGGCCUGGAACGAAUCCACCUGAGCUUCUAUCUGACCAGUAUAUACGACCACUCCAUCUUCGAGGCCUUCAGUAAAGUGGUCCAGAAGCUCAUCCCUCAGCUGCCCACGCUGGAGAACCUGCUCAACAUCUUCAUAUCAAACUCGGGUAUUGAGAAGGCCUUCCUGUUUGAUGUGGUCAGUAAGAUUUACAUCGCCACAGACAGCAGCCCAGUGGACAUGCAGACGUACGAACUGUGCUGCGACAUGAUCGACGUGGUCAUUGACAUCUCCUGCAUCUAUGGGCUGGCAGACUGUGAGGCUGGGUUACCCUAUGACAAGGAGUCCAUGGCCAUCAUCCAUCUGAACAACACUACAGUCAUGUACCUGAAGGAGGUCACCAAGUUCCUCGCCAUGGUCUGCUUCGUGCGCAGGGACAGCUUUGAGAGGAAAGGACUCAUCGACUACAACUUCCACUGCUUCAAGAAAGCCAUCCAGGAGGUUUUUGACGUUCGAGUGAAGGUUCAACAGAACCGUAAACUCCUCAGUAACAGGAGGUGGAGCAAACUGACUCUGACCAACGGAGGGCUCAACAACCCCCACUGAGGACAGGUGACAUCACAUCGGUCCUCUCAGUAUCCGGAGCUGCACCCAGACAAAUUCAGGAGCCUCCAUCCUCAUUCAGAGUGUUUCAUCUUACUGGGAAUUGUCCUGUUCCGUCCUCCAGCUGUCUGUCCAGAGAGGACAGUGCCUUUCACCGGGGCUGACUGACUUUAAUGCACAAAAAUUGUUUUCAAGUAGGAAGUGAGACGAAUACAGGAAGAUGACCUGAUUUUAUUCCCCCACCCUCCAUGGCAGUAAUGGUGGAGUAAUGUGCCUCAAUAGACCACAGAAACUCACACUGUCAAAACUGGGAGACUGUGUGAUUUGAAUGGCUACUUGCAGAGAUCAUGCUUUACUAUUAUUCACUAGUGAUGUGUCUCAGAGUCAGUGUGCUUGUGUCAUGUGAUUCUCUGUGAGACAAGGGCUGUAAAUAUAUAUAUUUUAGUCUGGUGCCUUGGCUCUGCUCACAUGACGCUCUGGAACAAUUCUGAGAGAGUUUGACCCUGAGGUGCACAACAUCUAACACAUAUGAGCACAUGUUAAAAAAGAAAGAGUCAAAAAUGAUGACUAAAAUGCUAAUGCAGGAGCAAGGACGUAGAACUCAGUGUUGUGUGCAGAGUACAUGGAUGUCAGAUGUGUAUAUAGACAGUGUUACAUACAUGAGUGACAAUAAAAUCACUUUGUGCCUCCCUCAGCUACCAGAGCGUCUGUGGAUCACCCUUUAGACACCACAUCACUCCUAACAGGCUGAACUGGGAACCAGUAUGACCACAGAAUGAAUUAAAGCCAUCACUUCCAUGUUAGGACUGAAAGUUCUAUUAACAACAAUAAAAAAAGACCAGCAGAAUAAGAGACCAAACGAAGUGACGUGUUCUGUGUGUCGAUCUCCUCCACGCCGACACACAACAAAUAGUGCUGCUGUGGCAGUCAGUCAGUCAGAGCGUGUGUUGGUGUUACAAACAGGGGAUGCUGAAGAAACUACGGCAGGGCAAACUAGAAUUAAUAUUAAUUUACUACUACAAGUAAUAAAAACAUAAGUUACUACAUUAAUGGACGAGCCUAUUAAUUGUCUUGACAUUGGUAAAGAUCAUGGCUCACCAUCUUCCAUCAGCAAAACCUUUCUGUCUGUUGUCUGUGAUUUGUGGACGGUAAUAAAAUCUUUGGAAAGUGCAAGUCAUUCUCAUCUAAAUCACUUUGAGUCGUGUUUGUUAAGAUUUGACUGAGCUAUAAUUUUGAGAGGGACUGGGAUUUUUAUCUUUUUGAUUUACUGAUGAAUGAUUUAGGUUUUCUCCACCACGGGAUCUUACUGGCCUAUAACUAGAGGUUCUGGUUUUGUACUCAAGUUCCUGAACCUGAACUUCAGCACUGGAGGUGAUAUUGAAUUAAAAUCAAGGAGGAGUGUGACAGAUGGUUUGCAGCAUUACAAAACGAUAUAGCCCGGUGUUAAAUGCACCAUGUCUUGUUUACAGUUCUUUCAGUAUGGACAGAAACAUACUCAAAGGCACUUUAAUGUUGUAUCUAUUAUCCAUAAGCUCAGAGCCUGAAGAACAAAAUGUGUACGGGUCUGGAAAGCCAAUCAGAAACAUUAGGGACUUUAAGCAGUGACACUUGAAGGGACGGCUAAGGCGUGAUGUGAUGAUGUAGAAUUCAUGUGGACACUUCCUACUGUCGCAGCCCAUCUGUCUGCUACAGCAGAAAGACCAGUUUGCCCUUUGAUAUGUCAAAGAGUUAGCAGGUAAUUAUAGGUUUUUGUAGUAUUGAACUCUGUUAUUUCAUUUAUAUUCCAUUAAACUGUUGGUAGAUUUAUGGAAUAUAUUUGUUAAAGAUAGCUGCUAAUUUGACUGAUUUUUCCAGUUUAGUCAUAGACAUGUCAGCUGGUGCCAGCAGCGCUCAAGAUGCUGAGAGGCAACCCAAGUAAAUAGCAACUGGCUCAUGUUCCACUAGCCAAACACUAAAACUGUUGUUAACCUCCAUCCUCUCUCUCCAGCCCACAACCUGACUGUGCUGUGUGUUGAUGAAACCAUGACGCUGUCCGUGGUGCUGAAGGAACAGACGGAUUUAAACAAACUCCUCCUCUCGUCCUUUUAAGCUCAGAGCAGCCUCGGUUUCCUGAAGAAGUGAAGUAGCUGUUGUUAGAGUUAAAUGUUGCUUAGUGAUCUUUGAUUUCCAUCACUACAACAAAGUAUUGAAAUAUAUUAAGGUUAAACUAAGGUUUAGAACAUGGACCUCACAGGUUCAGGUUCUGUGAAGCUCCAGGUCGCAGGUUGCAAUGGAAAAAGGCCUAAUGACAAGUCUGAGUCAUGAGCUUAUUCUGAUGUGUUAAUGGCUAUCACAUGAGACAGCUGCUCAGGGUUCCAGUUCUCUGUCAGUCUGGUCCAAGGUUGGUUUACUGUGCAACCUAUAUUUUCAAUCCCUUAUAUGUACGUUUCACAAUAACUGUGACUUGUUGUCACUGUUUGUAUUUGAAAAGCUCAGUAAAGUUUGUACCCAGCAGUGGGUAUGUAUUACUCAAUGCAGUGGUUCCCAGUCUUUUCCAACUCAAGGCCCACUUGAAAACCUUCAAACUUUUGGCGGCCAACAUUCAACGUUCUAUAAGGAGACAUCAGGAAUAGUCACUUGUCUGAGUAGAUCAUUUGUGCAGCUCUCUCUGUGCUUAGUCCUUACUUACAUGACAACUUGACAACUGCUGUUACUGUUUCAUAAACCUGAUCAAAAGUGUCACAACAUGCAUGUGGAGUUGAGAGUUUCAGUUGGUGUAAACUUGUAGAGAGUAUGUUGAAUGAUAUGAUGUGAUGUUAUUCAUGUCACGACAGAGAUGGUUUCACAGUGUGUUAAAGUGUGUUUUCAUUAGUUUAAAGGAAACAUGUUGUUUUCUUAGGAGGAAAAAGUAUCACGAGUUAUACUGUAUAAUCAACAUGGUGAAAGCUAUCUACAUCACCAAAUUUACUUUCACUGAGUGCACCUUACUCAUUGUGAACAUCAUCAUAAUAUAAUAAUUCAUAUGGAAGUUGUUUCUGAUGUUUGUGAUUAAAUCUCUUUGAACAUGA